AUGAGCCGACAGACCAUAAAGAACCAAAGACUUGAGUUGAUUUCAUCCCUGUCAAAAAAAUAUGUCAUAACAAAAAUGGCGGACGACGACGAAAUUGACAUUUUAGGAGAUUUUUCUUUUAAUUCUUGUUUUGCUCAAAACAAUCAAGGAAUCCCUUCCUGUUCGAAUAGAGAAGAUACGGUGCAUCCACAAUGGCUACUCGACUCCACAGAGACGAACUGGUACGAUAAACAAAAUAAUAGGCUAAAAGAGGGAUCACCGAGGAAGCUCUAUGGGAACAACUCUUCAGAUAAGCACGCAAAUGAUGUUCAUACAGCUUGGAGUGCUAGGGAGAGGGAUAUCCUUAUUAAAGAGAUGGCUAAAUAUGGAAGAAAUGUACGUAAAAUAUCACAAACAUUGAAAACAAAGACUGAAGCAGAGAUACAGGCAUUGAUUGAGGCUGAGUAUGGUGUUAACUUGGAGACUCCAACAUUUGGGCUGGACAAACCAGAGGACCACGAGGAUAUACCAGCUGUGGUCCAGGAAGAAAUAGUUACAGAUGACAUGACUAGCAUAAAUAAUGUUAUCAACAUGGUCACUACCGGAGCACCCACUAUUAAUGUACCAAAGAAACCAUUCAGGAAGAAAAACACAAACUCAAAGAGUCUCCUAAAACCAGACGUUUUAAACGACAAGAAGGCUGAGUUAUUGGCAAUAAAUCCAGCAGAAAUAUUAUAUGAGGAUGAUCUAAUAAUAGGGUCGACAGAAUCUAUUGGUUCUGAGCUUGACCUGACUGACAUUGUCUCUAAGAAUAUAGUUAAGUAUCAGGCGAAAGUGAAGGCUGAGAAAAAGAUUGGUAACCAUAGGAGAAAAAGGUCUAGGAAUUAUGAUAAGGGAACAACUAGGAAUAAAAGUAAGGAGUUAUUGAAAUCUCCCCUAGGAAGACAGAGGAAGGAUUCUAGUUUGUCUGAGGACAGUGUGAAGAGUCCUAAAAUGCAGAUUGUGUUGGGCUCUGGACAAGCUUUGCCAGUGUCUGAAGGGGAACAAGUGAUAAAAAUAGAGAAGAAGAAAGACUCGGAACCAGAGAGUGACAUAGAGAUAGAUGUGGACAGUGACAGUGAGAGUAGUACUCACAAGUCUACUCCAACCAAGGAGCCGAGGGAGAAGGCAACAGAGGAACCUAUAGCUGUACCACUCAGUAGGUUUGAACCUAUGCCCAAAAGACCCAAGAAGAUUAAUCUGGACGGUGGAGGUGGCUACACCAUAAUGCAUACAGAAGCGGGCGACUUGGUGGCAUUGGGCGCAGAACCGCGCCGAGGUCGUGCGCCUCGCAAGACACCAGUACAACUGUUGCACUGUCGGGUCUAUAAUGCUGAGAAACCGGCCCCAUUCGAGGUGCGAGUGCACGUGUCGACGCUGGUCCUGAUGGACGGCCACGCGCACACGUCGCGCGGCGAGGUGAUGGGCCUGCUGGGGGGCGAGCUCAGUGCGGCCGCCCCGCCACUGCUCACUGUCUCCGCCUACAGACCGGCCGCCGCCGCCGCUGGUAGCACGCACUGCGAUAUGGACCCUGUGUCACAAUCCAUGGCCGCCGAGUCCCUGCGCGGCGCGGGCGCGCUGGUGUGUGGCUGGCACCACUCGCACCCUCAGUUCCCGGCCGCUCCGUCGGCGCAGGACCUGCUGUCGCAGCGCGGCCUGCAGCGCGCGCUCGAGUGGACGCACGUACCCUUCCUCGGGUUCAUCACCUCGCAACACUGGCCUACGGGCAGGACGGCUUCGCAGUACCGAUGUAUUCGCGUGGAAGACGAACAAGAUGCGGAGCUCCCAACAGGAUACCAACUCAGUGUGAAAUUGGUACCGGAUCUCACGGCAGACAACCUGUCGAAUUACCUACAAGAGCUGCGCGCUGUCAUGGUGGACAAUCUCAGCAGAAACGAGUUCAGUGUCAACGUUGUUAAGGACAUUUGUCCUCAAGCGAAAAUUACCUAUUUAGAAAAGUGCAUAUCAAGCGCAUCGCAUCACAUGCGGUCGGCAGGAUACGAAGAGUCCGACCCGCUCGUGCAACAACUCAUGCAAGGAAUCAGAGAUGUCUUCAGAUAG